AUGACGUUUGGCUUCUCGAGUCGGGAGCGCAAGCAUAAGAAACUGUCCAAACCUGUUGCCGCGCAGCAGCCGUACAUGCAUGCGGCCUCACAGUCGACGCUGUAUACGCAGCAAAGCUAUGCGACACCGGAUGCCUCUCAUGGGCACCAUACGUACCCGGCAAGCCCUCCACCACAUUUUGCGUACGCCGUAAGCCAACCACCAUCCGCUGGCCAUAUCUCGCCACCAGCACAGCACCAUCCAGUAUACGGACCAACACCGCAAAUGCCGCAGCAGUUCCACCAGCCCUAUCCCGCUUCACCACCUUAUCAACAGCCGCAGCCUUACUAUGGCGACUCCACAGCUAGCUUUGCUACCCAGUCUUCCCCAAGAAACGAUGGAGUGCUGAAGACUCAGUGGAACCGAGCUGGACGUUUAGCUUCAAGAUCGUACCAGGACCUGACGGCUCAAGUCUCUUCAGGUGCCCACAAAAGCGUCGAGCUCGCGAACAAGAGCGUCGCAGUGACAAUGACGACCUUCGUUGAGAGGCCCACUACGCUGGUUACGAAGAAGAGCGUCCAGAUGAUCAACCAAAGUGCGGCGCUCUGCGAUCGAUUGAGCUCGAAGCUAGAUGCCGUCAUCACUAGUAUUGACGAGGGCAUGUUCAGCGGGAAAGAGCAGGAUCUCAUGGUCGAGGAUGACGAGACGCCAUAUGCCUCUACAUCUACGCUACAGCCCAGCAUUGCGCUCGACCGAUCAGCAGCUGCGGCUGUAUACCCUAGUCAGAAAAACGCGAAAAGCUCAAAUAUGUUUUCGAAGGUCUGGCUAUACUCAAAUUCGCGACUCCCGCCGCACCUUCCACCCUUCAAGGUCUACAUGCCCACGUAUCCGUUGCUGUGUCUGGCUGCUGCGUACUCUGAGCGGGUGUAUACUCCGGCUGCGCUACCAAACACGGAAUCUGAGACGCAUGUUCCUGCAGACUGGCGCUCGGGAACGAAAGCUAUGAUCUUAAAGUCGCUCCCUCGCGAUGACAUGAACACAGUGGUGUUUGCGAUUCGUGGGUCGCAAACGUUCAUGGACUGGGCUGUGAACUAUAAAUCGGCACCAACAAGCCCAGAAGGCUUCCUGGACGACCCAGGCAACCUCUGCCACGCCGGAUUUCUCUACGUAGCAAGGAAGAUGGUAGCACCGGUCGCCGAACGUCUGCGCGUUCUGCUCCAAGAAAACCCAGCCCGCUCCAACUGCAGUUUGCUCAUCACCGGCCACUCUGCGGGUGGUGCAGUAGCCGCUCUCCUCUACGCUCACAUGAUGAGCACGCAAAUCCAGUCCGAGCUCAGCUACCUCACGGGCUUUUUCAAACGCGUGCACUGCAUAACGUUUGGCGCACCGCCCAUCACGCUCCUCCCGUUGAGACCCAGCCAGGAAAAGCGGCAUCGCAAGAGCCUCUUCUACAGCUUCAUUAACGAGGGAGAUCCUGUGCCCCGCGCGGACAAGGCAGUCGUGAAGAGCCUUGUCAAACUCUGGUCUAGCCCUCCGCCAAAUACGACGUACACCUCCAGCCUGACUUGCAUGUCGAAGCUGAACCUCACCUCCACGAACCUCACGAAGCCCGAAAAAUCGCGCAAGUUCGUCAAGCCAUCAAAAGCUCCAUUACCUGCGGCAUCGUCAAGCCUGACGACCGUAACAUCCGCGCCAUGGCCCCUGGUUCCAUGCACGCUUAGCAACGCGGGACGUCUAAUCGUGCUUAGAGAGAAGCUGGGGAAUACAGCGGAGGAAGACGUUGAGGCCAUCACGGUAGAAGACGAGAUGUUGAGAAAAGUCGUAUAUGGCGACCCAGUGAAGCACCAGAUGAGUAUGUACAAGCGGCGUGUGGAAUUGGUUGCUACGAAGGCGGUUACGGCGAGAGAGUAUUAG